CUUCGCCCCGUUGACGAUAUAAACAUCUCCGUGGCGUUCGGCGGUUGUGGUGAUACCCGCUACAUCCGAGCCCGCUGGUUGUCAACAGAGUCAGCCAUCUUCCCAGUGACGCGAGAGACGAGAAGAAGAAAUGCACCGUCCGGCUCCGUAACCCCCAAGCAAAACCUCGACGUCCCGUCAAGAAUACCCGGCAGAAACCUCCGCUUCUGCUCGUCCGUCCCAAAGUUCACCAACGGCGGCGCCCCGAUGGAAUUCCCGCACGUCAGAGCCCAGAUAACACCCAGGUAUCCGCAGCGGGCGAUUUCAUCGAUGACAAUGAGGUCGUGGAAGCCGUCCCACUCGCGUGCCUUGAUGCCUGCCGGUAAGCGGCGGCUUGUGAGGUAUUCCACUGCGAGGGGGUAGACCGAGACGGCCAUGUAGCCCAGGUCGGCGUGCCUUUUGAUGGCCUUGCGCAGGGUGAGCAACAGAAGGGGAAAGACAUCGCGAAUAUGGCAUACAUACCUCUGGCGGAACACGCCCCUCACGCUCCCAUUGUUCGCAGAAGGGGCUGAUGUAUGUAUCGACGUACUCGCGCGUUUCUUUCUGCAGACGACGGUGGCUUUCGCUGUAGUACGGGCUUGCGGAGCGAGAGAGCCACAGGGGAUCUGCGAAGGGCGCUGGUAUCUUCGACAUGAUGAUUGAAUUCCGGCUGUCUGGGGAUGAAUGCCGACAACAGGCCGCUUCUUUCUGGUAGAAUACUUGGAAGGAGAAGCCCGUAUACUUUGCAGACUGCCAAUGUUAUAUGCACCAGAGCGCCUCGGAAGCAGCACGACCAGCAGAACAAUGGCAACAUCCAACCGAAUCACUCUACCAACGCUAAGAGACAUGCAUCUAUCCAAACCCCUCUUCAUCGGCUUCGCUGUGACCCUGAACACCGAAUGCAUCUCGAGCUCAACCGGACCGUACAGCGCGGCCCGGGGCCGUUCCCACAUUGCCGUCUCCACGGUGCUGAGCUUCUCCGCAUUUCCAGAGUCGCCCUCGAACUCAAUUAUACUGCAGAUCAUUGCAAUUCGCAGUGGUUAUUCGCAGUGACUGACGCUGUAGAAGCGGCCGACCGAGUUGCAGCUCAGAUCGCGGCCCGGCACUCUCCCCGGUCCCUACCUAGGUACUCUGCCAGACUCAUUCUAAACAUAUCAGGACUCGCUGUGUCUAUAAUUCAGAAUCCGUUCUACUCGUUCACGAACCGUCUGCAGAGCAUUGACAGAAAAAAAUGGCACGAAUCCCUGUCCUGUGCGAAACGAGCUCCGCAUGCCCUGACCGGCCAUCACUAUUUGCCGCCCAAAUCCCCGUUGGGAGGGAUGGGAACCCGCGCAUACGGCGAGUACUCAUUGCCAAUCGGGGUGAGAUUGCCUGUCGGAUUAUUGCGGCAUGUCGCAAGCUCAAUGUCACUUCUAUCUCGAUAUACGUUCAAGAGUAAGUAAGACGAAACAUCCCUCCACGUCAAAACCGCCGAUGAAGCCAUACAUCUCGGCUCAAUCAACCGGGACGGUGGAAACCCGUUCCUGAACAUCGAGCUGAUUGUGCAGACAGCUCUCGACGCAGGUGCCGAUGCAAUCCACCCGGGGUACGGGUAUCUCAGCGAGAAUGCUAGAUUCGCCGACGCAGUCCGGGAGGCAGGUCUUGUUUUCAUCGGGCCUACCUCCAAGGCAAUGUCGACGUUAGGCGAUAAGCGAUCUGCGAAGGAGUACCUGCGCCAACAUGAGCCAAGCGUUCCUCUCAUCCCUGGUUUCGCGGGGAAUAACCGGAAUAUAACAGAACUGGAGCAGGAGGCUGCGCGGAUCGGGUACCCGGUCAUGCUGAAGGCGUCUGCUGGUGGAGGUGGACGGGGGAUGCGGAUUGUGCAUGAGCCGUCCAAGCUGAGGGCUGAGCUGGCCACGGCCGAGUCCGAGGCGGCGAGGUCGUUCGGCUCUGGGGAUUGUAUUCUGGAGAAGUACAUCGAGGCUGGGAAGCAUAUUGAGUUCCAGAUCAUCGGGGAUGGCCACGGGAAUGUUCUGUCGCUUUGGGAUCGAGAGUGCUCGAUUCAGCGACGGCAUCAGAAGGUCAUUGAGGAGUCGCCGUCGCCGUUUCUCACGCCGGCGAAGCGCCGGGAGAUGAGCGAGGUGGCCGUCCGUGUGGGCCAAUUACUUGCAUAUCAGAAUGCCGGCACUGUCGAGUUUGUCUUUGAUGUUGCUGAUGGAAGCUUCUACUUCCUCGAAAUGAACACCCGGCUGCAGGUCGAGCACCCCAUCACCGAAGAAGUCACCGGCAUCGAUAUCGUCUCGCUGCAGAUGUUCGUGGCAGCCGGGGGUGAUCUGAAGUCUCUCCCACAGCUCCAAUCCAUCCCUCAACUGGGACAUGCCAUCGAAUGCAGACUGUGUGCCGAAAACCCUCAGAGCAACUUCUUCCCCGAGCACGGCACCGUCCGACUCUGGCAGCCAGCAACCGCAGCUCUUCCGGGGAUGAAAGAUGUGCGAUUCGAGACGGCCAUCGAGACCGGGUCGCAGGUGGCCAUCCAUUUCGACUCGAUGAUCGCCAAGAUCGUCGUCUGGGCUCCCACGCGCUCCAUGGCGAUCCAGAAAGCUGCCACCGUCCUGUCCCACACGGUCUGCCUGGGCGUGAAGACAAACCAGCGCUUCCUGCAGAACUGUCUCGUGCACCGGGCCUUCAGAGACGUAGCAUACACGACUUCAUUCAUUCCCAAACAUCUUCCGGAGCUGCUGUCGGAUCCGUACGUCGAGAUCCCUGUUAGGCUUCGACAGACGUUGGCUUUGAUCCCGAGUGCUUUCCUUCGUACUGCACGAAACCACAUUCCCUCGUCGCUUGUCCCGCAAAAGCCCUUCCGGCACGUUCGUCCUGGCUUCCGGAAUCAGCGAUUCGACCCGGUCAGUGCCCCGUCAAGCAUCGUCGCAACAGGAUCGGGCGAGGACGAGAUGUCGCUCCUCUGCCAGUGGACCGACAGUGACCACGAAUCCUCAAAGCUCAAAGUCAAGGUACAGCCAUUGCCCACCGGGCCAUCUCCAGAGAAAGCAGAUUGCACACCUGCCGCAGAGGUAACAGCCAGGUACAACGCGAUCAGCACCGCGCUCCGUUCAGAGUCAACGCGAACUGCAGACGCCUUCGACAUCGAAAUAUCCUCCUGCAGAACCGCUCUUGUUACCUCCAAGGCAUCCCGGCCAUGGGUCACGGCAACCAUGAAAGUCCUGAUCAACGGCAGAGUAUACUGCUGCUACCUAGCCACGGAGAACACCGAACUGAGCAGCUUCACCUCCACCGGACAAGCGAAACAAGUCUUCUGCCACUUCCCCGCCUUCGGGACAUGGGUUACCUGCAAACACUAUGAUCUCCUCUCGUACAGCGAGAGCACGCGGCAGGUCGUGGCGGAGGGGUCUCAGGCUGCUCAGCGGAAGACGGUUAGUGCGCCCAUGCCGUGUAAGGUGCUGAGCGUGCUUAAGCAGGAUGGGGAGGAGGUUCAGAUGGGGGAGACUGUGAUUGUUGUUGAGAGUAUGAAGAUGGAGAUGAAUAUUUCUGCGCCGGUUGAUGGCGUGUUUCGGACGCGUGUUAAGAAGGACGAUGCGGUUAGUGAAGGGGCUAUUCUGUGCCAGAUCGAGUAGUUAACAUGCGUUUCUUCC